GUUGUGGAUGACUCACGUUAACCAUGUGUUCAGUGGCCCAGGAAGUGGAUUGUAUGUUGCGGAUGACGCAUGCUAACCCAGUGUUCAGUGGCCCAGGAAGUGGAUUGUAUGUUGUGGAUGACUCACGUUAACCCUGCGUUCAGUGGCCCAGGAAGUGGAUUGUAUGUUGUGGAUGACUCACGUUAACCAUGUGUUCAGUGGCCCAGGAAGUGGAUUGUAUGUUGUGGAUGACUCACGUUAACCAUGUGUUCAGUGGCCCAGGAAGUGGAUUGUAUGUUGCGGAUGACGCAUGCUAACCCUGCGUUCAGUGGCCCAGGAAGUGGAUUGUAUGUUGUGGAUGUGUCAGCGUUAAUGUUGGAGAGGGGAUUCCAGCCUACACUCAUGACUCACCCACUGGAAGAGUUGUGUUGUGUCUGCAGCUUGAUGGCUCAGGUUUGCAUCUCACGGAGUUCUCUGUGCUUUGUUUAAAAGCCGGAAGCAAUGCCAGACUGCUCCCCCCGCCUGCUUUGUGAAUCGAGUAUCUGCCAGGCUCGGGCCACAGUGAUGAUCUACGAUGAUGGCAAUAAGAAGUGGCUGCCGGCAGGUGCUGGACCUCAGACCUUCAGCCGAGUGCAGAUCUACCACAACCCCUCCAACAACGCCUUCCGGAUUGUGGGACGCAAGAUGCAAACAGAUCAGCAGGUGGUGAUAAACUGUCCUAUUGUGAGAGGGUUGAAGUACAACCAGGCCACGCCUAAUUUCCACCAAUGGCGGGAUGCCCGACAGGUGUGGGGACUCAACUUUGGCAGCAAGGAGGACGCUGCGCUCUUUGCCAAUGGCAUGGCGCAUGCUCUGGAGGUGCUCAACUCCAUGGCAGAUGCAGGCUAUGCAACUCUUCCUCGGCCAGUCUCAAAUGGUCCAUCUGCUGAAGAGAUUGAGCAGCAGCGGAGGUUGGAGCAGCAGAGGCUGGAACAGCAAGAACGUGAGCGUCAGGAGAGAGAGAGAAUGGAGAGAGAGAGACAAGCUGCAGCAGUCUGUGUUCCUCCUGCUCCACCAUUAGCCCCUGGUGGCCUUGCUCCUCCACCGGCUCCUCCCCCUCCCCCUGGGCCUCCUUCAGGCACCGGCAUUCCUCCCCCUCCAGGACUCCCGCCAGCCGGACCCCCACCCGGAGGACCGCCACCAGCUCCACCCCUGCCCUCUGCUGGAGUCGGUGGGCUUGGUGGUGGUGGAGGAGGCGGGGGCUUGGCGGCUGCCCUGGCGGGAGCGAAGCUUCGCAAGACUUCUAAACAGGAGGACGGAUCCUCUGCAGCUCCAGCGGGCAGAGGAGACGCUAGCCGCAGUAGCAACUCCUCUAUCGGAGGAGGUGGUGACCUGAUGGGGGAGAUGAGUGCCAUCUUGGCCCGAAGGAGAAAAGCUGCAGACACUGGAGAGAAGCCACCCAUGAAGACACCAGACAAUGAUGACUCAGAACCGCAAGGUCAAAGUGACGUGCUGAGGAGACCGUGGGAGAAAUCAUCAUCAUCAUCAUCAUCAUCAACAAUGUCCAGGAAUAACUCCAUUCCCAAGAGCAUGGACUCUAUCUCCUCGUUGUCCCAAAGUUCCAGGGUGAAGCCUGCAAACAAUGGUAAUGACGCAAGCGGACAAGCGGACGAUUCAGACUUGGAGAAAAUGAAACAGGAAAUCCUCGAGGAGGUGCGGAAAGAACUUCAAAAAGUAAAGGACGAAAUCAUCAAAGCCUUGAUCCAGGAGCUGCAAAAGAGAAGCACAUAGUUGGAUGUGAUAGAUGGAGGCCUGGUGGGACCGUUGCUCCACUGCGCCCUUGAUAACGUAGCCCAGGGAUUUCUCAUUGUUGUCUUCUCUUUUUCUCUCUCUCUCUCUCUCUCUCUCUCUCUCUCUCUCUCUCUCUCUCUCUCUCUCUCUCUCAUACACACACACACACAAGCAUUGCUUUUGUGUCACCAUGCAUACAUGCUGUUCUUGUAAUGGUAACCCAGGGAAGCGCCUCCUCAGGACGCCAUGCCACUAAUUCAAAGACGGCUCGCCAAUCCCGCUUCUGUCUGCGUUUGUUCAUCCUAAUCCCAACGUGUCCUCUGUGGGAAUCAAUCACAGCCACGGCACCCGCUGUUGUCCUUUUCAUAUCAGGAGUCUAUUCUGCUACGUGUGGUGGUCGUGUUCAGGGCCACGUUUGUACUGUAACAGCAAAAUGCUGCUGGAAUGUUGGGCUCACAUCUGCUGCUUUAUUUCCAUGCGUGCGAAUUGGAAGAUAGAAAAGCAACCGUUAGGAUUAGAUUAGAGAACCCGGACUGCAGCACCAAUCCUUCACUGCUGCGGGAAGAAGAGCCGAGCCAAGUGGACGCCCAUGGAUGAGCACGGAUGAGUGUGAUGCUGGGAAAGAGGAGCAUGUGGCGUUUAUCAGAUGUCUUCUCUUUGCAUUGCACUUGUUGCAGAGUUACAGAGUUAGGCGGAGUUAGGCGUGAGCGUGUGCCACACCGCCCUGACAGACUCCACCCCCCUUCUGUUGAAAUGAAAUGUUUGUUGUUGGCCAGUGCAGCGGUCUUACUCUGUGCUUCUGCUGGUUCUUUGUCUUCAAUUCUUUGCUUUAUUUUCUACCUUUUCUGGAAAAACCCCAUGGCCAUGAAUAGGUCAAUGCAUUUGGCCAUGACCAAGUAACUGCCUUGAGAAUGAAUCUAUGAAUAUAUAUAUAUAUAUAUAUAUAUAUAUAUAUAUAAAAGGAUAAAUAUAUAUUUGUUUUGAGGGAAAGUGUUAAAAAAAUGAAAUGGUUUUUCUAUUUUAAUUAAAAUGACCGGUGAAUGGGGAUGUUUUGGUUCCAUUUCGAUGAUUGUUUUCUUAUGAGAUGUUAUUUUGGAUUUCUUUUUCUUGUAGAACCUAGCUAGGCUUUUUACACUGAAACAGAAAGAAACCAGUUUAGAGACACUGGAUUACAAAUGCCUUUCUAGUCCAAUACAGCUGCUUCUUCAAAUGCA